AUGGAUACGCAUCGUCGUCCAGUUGGCAUCAUAUCUCGUAUUAUACGUUUUUUGAUUGGUGACGAAAUUUGGACAUCCUGUCAUUUCGUUGUUUUUUCAUUCACAUUUAUAAGUUAUGCAUUAGUGCACGCCUCACGUAAAACGUUAAGUACGGUAAAACCGUCUCUUAUCAAUGAGUGGACUGAUAACAGCACUGGUGAGCAACCAUUAUUUCCUGAUAAGCAUACAGCAGAGGGAUUCUUAGCAUUCCUCGAUGGUGCAUUCCUCGGCGCAUAUGCUUUGGGUCUUUAUGUAGGUGGCACAUUGGGAGACCGUUAUAAUCCGACAAAAGUACUUGCUCUGGGCAUGUGGUCAUCAUCCACUACCGUAUUUUUGUUCGGAAUGUUAAAAUGGUCAGUGUUUCGUUCGCCAGUAUAUUACGCCGCAACGUGGAUUGCUUGUGGUUUAUUUCAAUCUGUUGCUUGGCCUACCGAGAUCUCGAUUAUGGGUAAUUGGUUCGGACACAAUAGUCGUGGUGCUGUAAUGGGGCUUUGGUCAGCAUGCGCUUCAGUUGGUAAUAUAAUGGGCACAUUAGUUUCAUCUUACACUGUGCAGUUAGGAUACGAGCGUGUGAACGUACGCGAGACUUAG